AGAUUAAUUUCUCUCUGGGAGAGAGAGAAUCGAACGACUGGCACAUAGGUACUAGAAAAACAACAAAAACCGACAAAAAAGUAGGAAAGGAGGAAUGAUCCGACAGCUAAAAAUUGAAUAACAUGAGGUUACAAUUGCUAAUCUUCGUGUUGUUUGCCAAUCUUGUAAUUUCACGUAAACACUACAAGGGACGAAAAUACGAUUUAACGCUGUUCGUUCGAAAUCACAAUGUCUCCGAUGCGACAUUCUUCCGGCUCGUUGGCGUUGAUAACACUGCAGACUUUAAUGUAUCAGCUGGAAAUACUUUUGAGCACACUUUUGAGGUGAGAAGGAAAGGCUAUUGGACGUUAUUCGUUGAGUUCCCCGGAGAUCGGUACGCAAAGUCACCAAGAAAAAUAAUAUCUCGUGAUUCGUAUCGCAAAUGGGUGAUGGAAGUGUACUACUAUCCGGGUGCCGUUGGUUUUUCUGAAUGGCACAAAUUAUCUCGACGAGGUGAAAUGCACAUUCAUGGAUAAUUUACUGCUCCGUUCAUCACACUUUUGUCCAUUUUCCCAUCUCUUCCGUGGAUCUCAAUGUCCUCCAUCCGGUGGACCACCUUUUCGAUCAAAUAAUUGUUUUAUUUCUCUAAUUCUUCCCCACAGUUCCUUUCAUAUAGAAUUUUUAUAUUUUCUAUUAUAUAUGAACAUUUGUAAACGGUGAUCUUAAGUAAUUUUCAAAGAAUUUGAAAUUUGAAAAAUUUAGCUCUAUUUCAAAAUCGCUGUAGCAGUUUUAUUCAAACUUACUAAUUGUGUAUUUUUGUAUGUACAAAUAGUUUUUUUUUCGUGUAGAGCUUUAUCCUGUUUCAGUUCUUCCGUUCAACUACUGCCACUGUUUUCCUGUCAAAAUUGUCGAUGACUCUCUCACCCGAUAAAACUUUCUCAAGUUG